AGUCUUGGGCCCAUGGCGUCGGCGCAUCACUGUCCUCUGUGUCGCCAAACCUUCUUCUGUGGUCGUGGACAUGUCUACAGUCGCAAGCACCAGCGGCAGCUUAAGGCGGCUUUGGAGCGGCUCCUGCCCCAGGUUGAAGCCGCCCGCAAGGCAGUCAGAGCCGCGCAGGUGGAGCGAUACGUGUCCGAACACGAUCGACGCUGCUGGUGCCUGUGCUGUGGCAGUGAGGUGCGGAAACACCUUAGCCAUGGCAACCUGACCGUGCUGCACGGGGGGCUGCUGGAACAUCUGGCCAGCCCAGAGCACAAGAAAGCAACCAACAGAUUCUGGUGGGAGAACAAGGCUGAGGUCCGGAUGAAAGACAAGUUUCUGAUCUCGCCCCAGGAUUAUGCAAGGUUCAAGAAAUCCAUGGUGCGAGCUUUAGAUUCCUAUGAAGAAAAAGAGGAUGAAGUGAUCAAAGAGAUGGCAGCUCAGAUCCGGGAGGUGGAGAACAGCCGGCAGGAAAUGGUUCGGUCUGUGUUAGAGCCUCAGGCAGUGCCAGACCCAGAAGAGGGCUGUUCAAAACCUACAAGCUGGGAAGAGAGAAACAGACAAAUAUCUUCAAACUCACAGCAGCCCUCAGACCUGGACAUGCCACCAACUUCAGAGCUUGACUGGAUGAAGCCAGGACAACCCCUGACAUUCAUUGACCAUCAGGACAUACCAGGAGUUGGCAAUAUCCACUCAGGUGCUACACCUCCCUGGAUGGUCCAAGAUGAAGAACACGAUUCUGAGAGCCAACAAAUAGGGCCCUCCUAUGAAGAGUUUCUUAAACAAAAAGAAAAAGAGAAAUUGAAGAAGCUUCCCCCAGAACGAGUCGGGGCCAACUUUGAUCACAGCUCCAGCACAAAUGCAUGCUGGCUGCCCUCAUUUGGCCGAGUCUGGAACAAUGGACGCCGCUGGCAGUCAAGGCAUCAAUUCAAAACAGAAGCAAGGAACAAACAGCAGUCACGCAAAGAAAAAACCUAA